CAUAUAUUAAAACACAUGUUGUGACUCCAACAUAACCACUGCGACCGCAGCUCGUUUGUGCAGACUAAGGUGUCACAUCCUGCUAAGGGAGGAUUCACAUGCAGCGACUGGUCACUUUGAGUGUGUUUUGAGUUAUAGACUGUUAGGUGAGCGACUUAAAAAUGGUCCAUGCGUUUGUUUUGUUCUGUUUGUCUUUGUUUGGUGUUAUUGCUGCGUUUGGUGUUGAGACGGAUGAAAUGAAGUCAGUGUCUGUGAUGGAGGGAGAUUCUGUCACUCUACUGACUGAUGCUGAAAUAAAAAAAGAUGAUCUGAUUCUGUGGCGAUUCGGAGCUGAAGACUCUCCCAUGGCUGAAGUCAACAGAUCAGCCCAGAUCAUCUCAGUAUCUGAAAGUACUAAAGGAUUCAAAGACAGAUUGCAGUUGGACCCCCAGACUGGAUCUCUCACUGUCAGGAACAUCAGAACCGACCACUCUGGAAUUUAUAAAGCACAGAUCAUUGGGAAUAAGAUGAUAAGAAAAACGUUCAAUGUCACUGUUUAUGCUCGUCUGCCUGUUCCUAUCAUCAGCAGAGACUGUUGUUCUUCAUCAUCAUCAUCAUCAUAUUGUUCACUGGUGUGUUUCAGUGGUGAAUGUGGGUCGUGUGACUCUCUCCUGGUACAAAGGAAACAGUUUUAUUGUCCAGCAUCAGUGUUUUUGAUCUCAGCAGCAGCGUCUCUUUACAUCUGGAGGUGGAAUAUCAGGAUAAAAACAGCUACAGCUGUGUCCUCAACAAUCACAUCAGCAACCAGACUCAACAUCUGGACAUUGGUGAACUCUGUCAGAUACACUCAGGUAACAUUAGUUUUUAUUUAAGUCAUCAGCAUCAGUCAUUUUGUGUGUUUAUUGUUCUUUUAUCCCCUCAGACUCAGAAUGUGUCUGCUGUUGUGACACUAAUAAAGCUGUGAUCCAAUUGGUCAUCUCUGCUCUGGUGGGUGUGGCUACUGUUGUUGUUCUGGGUUUUGAAAUCACAUCCGGAAAAGCUGAACAGAAAAGACAAACUCAUACAUCAUCUUCAGCCCCUACACUGAUUCACUAUUAAAACAAUCAUCUCUAUAUGUUUUUUUUGUGUUUUUUGUACCUGUUUUUGCUUGUUUCUCUCAAUUUUUUUUUUUUUUUUUUUUGAAAAUGGUUUCAAAGGAAUAAGUGUUUUUUUUUAUAUAUAUGCAUUUAUUAUAAUUUAGGUAUAGUCAAUGUGUGAGUAGAAAAUAGCUUUUUCUAGGACACUGAUAUCUUUAAUAUUAUUGGCCAACAUAUUCUUUUCUGCAGGUGUAAGAUUUUUUAAUUCAAAAAAUAAAUUGAAAAUCAAUUUUUUUUUCGUGGGUAGAAAAUUGAUAAAUGACUUCAAAAUUUGUUUCCACAUGUCGGCAAUCAUAAGACGCCUCUUUCAGCCAAUUGGUCAACCAAAGCAGUUCUGUUUUAAAAAAAAAACAGCUCCUUACUGUACAGGGCAGGUCCUAGAUUAGAUUUGAUUUUCACUUUUUACAGAUUUUUUUUUUUCUUUUUUAAUUAUUAAUCUGCACCCAUCCUGUUUUAUUUAGCUGAGUUAAAUCCAUGUGGUUGGCCAAUCAGUGGAAAGUGGCAUCUCAUGACUGCCCACAUGUGGCAAAAUAAUUUAUCCUACCUGUGAACCACAAACAAGCACACAUCUGCAGGAUGUCUGUUAAAGAUCACUUCAUCUGGAAAUCAUCUGCUGUGUACAAACAGCUGAUAAAUGUCCAUAAGGUGUCAGUUUUAUGUACAUCCUAAAUCAUAAACAUCUCAAAGACAUUUUCUAAACUUCUAUUUGACAUCUGAUAGAAAACGCCCUAUAGACAUAUUGUAGAUGAGCAAACACUCAAAUAAACACAUCUUGCAGUUGUAAAUGUCAAAAUACCAAAACUUAAUGUCAAAAUGUUUUAUUGAAGGUAGUGCGAGCACACAGUAAAUGAUUUUGUUAGAAAGUAAGUGCCACCUCUAGGUCAAAGGUUGAAGGUCAACUAUUUUUUUGUCAAAUUUCCUCACUUCUUUUAAAAAAAGAAAUCCGUAAAAUCCUAUUAAUAAGCUAACGGUACUGUAAGUUACCUUACAAUGUAGUUAAAAUUUACAGAUUUUACAGUAAAUCUGUGUUUGCAUUGUAUAUAACGGUCAGAGGUUUACCCACAAUUUAUAGGCCACUUACU